CGACGUUUUUGAAUCGCCAUUUUAGAAAGAAGAAGAGCUGUUUGGGACAAUAGCAGUCAGUUAGCUAUAUACUUCAACUUUUUUUUAACGCGUAACGUUAUAGUACAUAUUUUUUAUUUUAUCCAGUGAUCCUACAACGCAGAAAUGUCUCGGGACAGAUUUAACCUCAACGUUAGAGGAAAUAAUCGUGGAGCUGGAUUUCAACGCCGGGGAGGUGCUGGUCCUGGUGGCCCGAUGCGAGGUGGAAUGGGUAACCUGAAUAAUUUCAGACAAAACCAACACCCUUUUCAAAGAGGGCCUCAUCCCGGUAACUUUGGAAAACCACCCAACCAGAUACCUCAGAUAACCCCUCAGAAGCCACUGCCACCAACUCUUUCCCAGCCAGGCGCUCAAGCGAUUCGGCCACCACCUACUCCUGGCCCUGCGUUAACCAUGAAGGGCCCCGUACAGCAACAGCAGGCCGCUGCGGUAGCAGCUCCGGCGGCCGCAGCAGCAACUCCAGUGGCCGCACCUCCGGCGGCUGCAGCAACAGCGCCCGCGGCUCAACCAAAAAUUCAGUCCCCACCUCCGAAGCCUGUUCCUCCGAAACCCACACUCUCAUCUCCCCCACCAAACCAAAUUAAGAAACCCGCACUCUCAUCUCCCCCACCAAACCAAAUUAAUAGGAACCAGCAAAGACCAGGACCCGGCAACGCCAAUGGAAAUGGACCUAAAUCUGCACCCGCGAUCAAAAAACCUGAACCUCAAACGCAGAAGAAUACUUCAAUUGAGACCGAGGAAGCCCAGCCUCCCAAUGAGUUGAGAGCAACACUGUCCUCGCUGCGCAGACCUGGCGAGAAGACAUACACUCAACGAUGCCGCCUUUUCAUUGGAAACCUUCCCAACGAUAUCUCAGAUGACACAUUCAAGAAGCUGUUUGCGAAGUAUGGCGAGCCAAGUGAGAUUUUCAUCAACAAAAACAAAGGCUUUGGCUUCAUACGCCUCGAAUCCCGUGCAUUGGCUGAGAUAGCUAAAGCUGAACUGGAUGAUGUGCCCAUGAAAGGCAGACCGCUUCGGGUGCGCUUUGCAACUCACUCAGCUGCACUGUCUGUGAAGAACUUGUCACCUUUUGUUUCCAAUGAGCUACUGGAGGAGGCCUUCUCCCAGUUUGGAGUGGUAGAGAGGGCUGUAGUAAUUGUAGAUGAUCGCGGGCGCUCCACUGGCAAGGGCAUUGUUGAAUUUGCAUCUAAACCUGCUGCACGAAAGGCCCUGGAUCGUUGCAAUGAUGGAGUUUUCUUGCUCACCACGUCACCUCGUCCAAUCGUCGUUGAGCCCCUUGAACAAUACGAUGAUGAGGAUGGUCUACCAGAGAAACUGGCACAGAAGAACCACAACUAUCAUAAGGAGCGGGAGGAGCCACCCAGGUUUGCCCGUCCUGGCACGUUUGAGUUUGAAUACUCUAAGCGUUGGAAGUCCCUGGACGACAUGGAGAAGCAGCAACGCCAGCAGGUGGAGAAGAACAUCCGUGAAGCCCGAGAGAAACUGGAGGGAGAGAUGGACGAUGCUUUCCAUGUGCACCAGGCCAACAUGAUCCGCCAAGAUCUGCUGAGGCGUGAGGAGGAGCUACGACGCAUGGAGGAGAUGCACAGUGCAGAGAUGCAGAAGAGGAAAGAGAUGCAGCUCAGGCAGGAGGAGGAGCGUCGCAUACGUGAGGAGGAGAUGCUCCGCCAGAGGGAGAUUGAGGAGCAAAUGCGCCGCAAGCGUGAGGAGGCCUACAGAAGUGGCAACUUCAUGGACAAUAGGGAUAUGAGAAUGACUGGUGGCGCCAUGGGCCUGGCUGACAGUCAAUUUGGCUCACCCAACCAGAAGUUCCCCAUGGGACACCAAGGCAUGGCGGGACCUAACGCUGGGGGAGCCAUGAUGCCCAAUGAAAUGCGCAAUGAGAGAAACUUCCCUCAGGGAGGCCGGGGGGGAAUGGGUCCUACCAACCCAGGGUUUGGCAGGGUCCGGGAGGAGUUUGAAGGGCCUGCCAAGAAGCCCCGCUUUUAAAUCUGUUCAGUGUCACUCAUAGCAGCGUUUUUGUGUAGCUUCUCUGAACAUCUUCACAUUGAGUCAUUGUUGUAUUUAAGUUGAAAGUGUUCUUGCAUUUUAGCCUGAAGACUCAUUCAUUUUAUGGCAAGUUAGGUUUUUUCUUUUUGAUUUUGUAUUUGGAGUAGUGUGAAAUUGAUAAAUUGGUCACCCUCAGUGAUCACAUAGCGCUAUCCCACCUAUGUAUAACUUUCUUUCCAGUUGUAUCGUGCUCUGUGACUCGUGUCGUAAAUGGUGAUAAAUGUAAAAAUUUCUCACCUUUCUAUGGCUGUGUUUUGUGCCAUUUAAGAUUUGAACUAAAAACAUGUAACUUUACAAUAAAGACCUCAUUUGGUUCUUUCCAAA